CGAUGAGCCAACGUCCAAUCUAUAAAAAUGAAAUUUGCCGUUAAGAAAAACCGUCCAUUCUAUAAACACCUUCCGUACACCGUCAACCACCGGCAACCGCCGUUGAUAUGGGAAACGCUCAGUCUCCGGCCGCCGAUCCUCGGUUUACUUCCGCCACAAGGCUGUUCUCUCAGAAGGAGCUGGAUGACCUAAAAUCGUUGUUCGAUUCUCUCGCCGCUCAGUCUCAAAGCGGCGGUACAUAUAUAUCGAUCUCCGUAUUCAAGGUGUAUACUGGAAUGAAAGGUCCUGUUGGAGAUAGGCUUUAUGAUUUAGUUACACAGAAUAGGAAGGAUCAGAAACUCACAUUUGAAGACCUUGUAAUUGCUAAAGGAACAUAUGAAAAAGGGACGAAAGUUGAGAUUGAUGAGUUUCUCUAUCAGCUAUGUGAUGUUGGCGGUGAUGGCAAUUUAGUGAGGUCAGACUUGGAAGCUGUUAUAAGUGGAAUACUAGAUAGUAUAUCUUCUGAGAAAGAAGCUGAAUCUUCAUCAGCUUCCAAUAUUAAGCCGGUUAGCAUAUUCCUGGAUGCUGCCAAUUUUACAAAAGAUAAUGAAGGAAGUUCCGAAAGAAGUAUGUCUUUUGAGGAUUUCAGAAGCUGGUUGCAUCUUGUUCCGUCUGCCAGAAAGUUUCUCACAAGCCUGUUAAAGCCCUCUUCUCCAAGUUCUCAAGUUCCUAAACUGACCCACCAAGGGGACAUCGAUUCUAAUAUGCUGCUACUGAAAGAGGAAUACGCUUGGCACAUUGGAGGAGCUCUUUCACAUCUAGAAUCGAGUGAAUGGAAGCUUUUGUAUCACAGUUCACUUAACGGAUUAAGUUUCAACACGUUUUUGGGCAAUACUUCAAAUGAUGAAGGGCCAACUGUGUUGAUAAUCAAGGACAAAGAAGGCUAUAUAUACGGAGGUUAUGCUUCUCAGCCUUGGGAAAGACAUGCCGACUUUUAUGGUGACAUGAAAUCAUUUUUGUUUCAGUUGUACCCUAAAGCAUCGAUAUAUCGACCUACUGGUGCUAACAACAAUAUACAAUGGUGUGCUGUAAACUUCAGUUCAGACAGCAUCCCGAAUGGCAUCGGAUUUGGAGGGCGUGCAGGUCAUUUCAACUUAUUUAUUUCAGCAAACUUUGAUAACGGUCACACUUUCACCGGCCCCACCUUCAAUAACCCGUGCCUAUCGAAAAACAACCGUAUAUACCCGGAAGUGAUAGAAUGUUGGGGGAUUGUACAAAAGGGAGCUCAACACGAAAAGCAAGAUGGUGUGAAAGGUACAGUGCUGGACAGAUUUAAAGAAGACCGUAAUAUGCUUAAUUUGGUCGGGAUUGCAAAUUCAAGCAACUGAUUAUUCUCGUGGUUAGAAACCUAAAAUUGGUAAAAACCCUUUUCGUGUGGAAUAUGUUUGCCAUAAGAUUCUUUGGUCAGGUUUUUUGCUAUGGUGGAGAGUUUGUGUGACCUGGCCACUACACGAAUUCGGGAAUGGUGAGCCAUGAGUAAGAGUUUGUAAGCCCAACUGUUGGAUGAGUUGCCACUUUCUGUUGUAUACCAAUAUCUACUUUAUGUAUCGCCUUCACGGAUAAUGUGUCAUUUCAGUGAUUGUUCAUAUGCUUUUCGAUACUUUAUUGGAAGUCUUCUUCUAUAAGGACAAUUA